UUACCACAAGAUGGCCAACCCCAAUCAAGGUCCCCUCCAGGCCCAAAACCUGAUACCAACACAAACUCCAAUCGCGGCAACAACACAGGUCUCAAUCUUCCUGUUCGUGAUGUUGAUCUCAGCGACUUCACGAUCAACAGCGAUGGACAAGCACAGCAGCCUCAAACCACAGACCACGUCAAAUUUCUCGCUCACCUUACCCGUAUCUUCAACCGCAAUUCUCAGUACACCACAACCCUUGCUGUUCAGNGUUACACCGUCAACUUCAUCGGUGGACUUCCUCAGGGAUAUGUCUUGGAGAGCCGGGUUCGCGCCCACCAAUCUCCAUUCUUCCCCAAAACAGUCAAAACAGAUCUCUUCAUUCGUGGACACCCUCGUAGAGACUUCACAUCAGUUAUCCAGUUCGCUAACCAUGUCUAUUACAUGAUGCGCAACGAUCUCGUCAACUGCGACUGUUCUAGCUGCUAG